UAACUGAGAAGUUUAUCACCAAGGCGAUUGCAGAAGCAAUUGCUAUACUCAAAAGUAAAGAAAAAAGGCUUGAAAUAUCAAGCUCUAGCUCUAGUAGUGCUAGCACUACUAGUAGCAAAGAUAAUAAAGGGCAAUCAGAUAGUAAAAGCAGUGGAAGUAAUUCUGGUAGCAGUGGUAAAUUGUCCUCUUUAAAACCGGAUCCUCUGGUUAAAUGGUCUGAUCAGUUAAAGGCCGUAAGACAAAAAUUAAUCUUGGCAUUAAUUAAAAUUUAUCUGGGUAUAAGCAACAUUCUGGUGUGA